CGCAGGAAUCGCUGCCUCAGCAACGGGAUGCUUACCUCGUCCGCCCGCUCGGGUCAGGCGGGCCCGGGAGGAUGGGAGGGUGACUGCUGAGCGGGAGCCGCCUCGUCUUCCCCCCGACGUGUUGCCUAGAGUUUGCUGUGACUUAGAUCUUGAUCCAGAGAUGGAGAAAUCAGGCUCAUCUUCUGCCAUCUCUGAGCAGCAGCUGCAGAGGCAAGAGGGAUGGAGUAACACCAAAACAGACUUGGCUGAGCAGGGUCUCAUUUCAUCUGAGAGGUGGCUUCAACUGCAUGGGCUUAAGAGCAACAAAUUGACCUUGAAACAGAUUUUGUCACAGAUCGGAUUCCCACAUUGUGAAGAUUAUGUGGCGUCUCUGGGGAGACUUGUGGCGUCUCGGUAUGCUGAUGGUCUGUUUCCACGGUUCUACAGAGCAGAAGAUGGCAGAGUAUACAAUCUGACAGCUAAGUCAGAACUGAUUUAUCAGUUUGUGGAACAUUUAACACAAGCUGUGGAGAGCUACAAGCAGCGAAUGGACUGGCUCACCAGCAAAAGCCGGCAGAUUUUUGGUGUCAUCCUGGAACAGUGCAUCACCAUAGUGCUGGAUUUGGGCUGCAUUCGGGAGCGGGAGCUUGAUCUGUGCCGAGAGGCUCUAACAAUGGUUCUCCAGGAGCAGGUGGCUCACAUAACCAAGUUCAAUAUCAUACGGGCUUCUCAAGAACCUGUGAAGUGGCAGGAAAAUGCUACUCCUGUGACCAAACAGUCCAUAGCUGCUGCCAUCAGCUGGGUUGAGACACUGACUGAUGAACUGACUGCGAGCGAGGCUGGCUGCCUGGAUGCUCUGCUGGAAGCCGGGAAAGACAAGACUAUUGAAUCCAUGUACUACUUUGUGGUGGGGGAUGUUCCUGAAGAAUCCAAGGAGCUUCUCCUCCAGAGGGCCUUGGAGAUCCCGUAUCCAGUCUACACAGUGUCCUUCAAUGCCAGAAGAGAAGACACUGUAGCUUUCCUAAAGGAUCUGAGUGCCAAGAGCCACGGCAGAUUCCACGCAUUCGCUGAGAGAACAGAGUGUGUAGAAUUUCCUGCAUUCUCCACAAAGGAUGGUGACGAUGUGAUGACUUGGAAUUCAAGGAAACUGAAAGGAAAACUCCCUCCAGGAGCCGGUGUCAGAGAGGACGUGUUUCUCGUUUGGCGAGAGAUGGAGGAAGCCUGCAGCACCCUGGCCCAGAUCCAGAGGCUGGUGGCCGAGCCUCCCAGGCCCGACGUGGCUGCUGUGGACUGCGAGUCAGAAACAACCUCUGUUGAGAUUGCAUCGGAUCCAGAAGACACCUGGGACUCUAAGACGUGGCUGCAGAAAUAUGGCUUGAAGGCCCAGAAGCUAUCCUUGUACGACGUCCUUGCCGACUGCUCUUUCCGCCACGCUGAUGGGGUCGUGGAUAUAAAAGCCAAACCGGAGGAUGAGUCCGUGCAGACCAGUGCGGAGACCAACAAGAAGACAGUCCAUGCAAAAUAUUGCAGCAGGUUUGUGCAUGCUGCCUGGAAGGACGGGAGCUUGGUCCACGUGAACAUUACCAGAGAGAAGUGCAGGUGGUACAGUGACAGAAUCCACACAGCCCUGGCCCGGAUCCGAAGGAGGAUUAAAUGGCUGCAGGAUGGGAGUCAAAGCCUCUUUGGAAAAUUGCGUAAUGAUUGCAUCUACAUUCUCAUUGACACGUCUCACUCAAUGAAGAGCAAACUGGACUUGGUGAAGGACAAGAUCGUUCAGUUCAUACAGGAACAGCUGAAAUAUAAAAGUAAGUUUAAUUUUGUGAAGUUUGAUGGUCAAGCAGUUGCUUGGCGGGAACAACUUGCCGAAGUCAAUGAAGAUAAUUUGGAACAGGCUCAGUCCUGGAUUAGAGACAUGAAGAUUGGAAGUUCCACAAACACCCUGAGUGCCCUGAAAACUGCUUUUGCUGAUAAAGAAACACAGGCCAUCUACCUUCUGACUGAUGGGAGACCUGAUCAGCCGCCUGAAAUGGUUAUAGACCAGGUCAGAGUUUUUCAGGAAAUUCCUAUUUAUACCAUCUCCUUCAACUACAACGAUGAGAUUGCAAACAGGUUUUUGAAAGAGGUUGCUGCUUUGACUGGAGGAGAGUUCCAUUUUUAUCAUUUUGGUUGCAAGGAUCCCACUCCUCCAGAGGCUGUUCAGAAUGAAGAUCUGACUCUUUUAGUUGAGGAAAUGGAACAAGGUCACCGUGACCUGGAGAAGAUGCGAGACCUUUAUUCCGAGUCGGUGAUCAUGGACUGGUGGUACAAUGCGGAAAAGGAUGGAGACAGCAAGCAUCAAAAGGAAAUCUGUUCUAUGGUUUCAACCCCAGAAAAAUGUGCAAAGCCUCAAUCUGAUGUCGGUUCAACACAAACUUCAUCCCUGAAUGUGUUGAAGGGACCAUGGGGCCUUUCAGAUCAAAAGAUUCGGAAAAAGAAAGUCCUCCACGCAGAAUCAACCAAAACCAGCCUACUCAGGAGCCAGAUGUCCUCCCUCAGGAGCUCAGCUGGCAGUGAAAGGAAGGAUGGCCUCUCCAAUGCCAGCAGCCAGAGGACUGCUCUAAGUGACAAAGAAAUGAGCAUCCUGCUGCCUGAGGAGUGUCUUGAUGACACAUCGUCAGAAAGGGUGACCGGAGAAGGAAGCCAGGUUUACGACCACAAUUCUUCAGACGUAUCUUCAGAAAACUGGCUCAAGACCUAUGGCUUGGUUGCCAAGAAACUCACCCUCAUGGAUGCCUUGUCGGUGACAGCGGUCCCCCACAGCUCCACCUACGUUCCCGUCCUGGACAAGCAUGUCACGUCUAAGGUCUUUGAUGAGGUGUUCCCUCUGGCACAUGUGUGCAACGACACAAAUAAGAUGACAUUAAUCAACCCCCAAGGAGCCAAACUCAAUAUCUACAAGCAAAAAGUGGAACAGGCAAUUCAAACCUAUGAAAAGCGCUUGAAUAAAAUUGUUUGGCGAGCAUUAUCUCAAGAGGAAAAAGAAAAGUUAGCUGCAAACAAACCAAUACAGUACUUGGAAAACAAAACAGUUUUAAACCAGGCUUUAGAACGGUUGAACUGGCCCAUUUCGUUGAAAGAGCUGUCGAUGCUGGAAAGUGAAAUCCUAGCUGGGAAAAUGUACAUCCAGCAGGCCAUGGAACUCCAGGAGGCUGCCAAGAAGAAUUAUGCAAACAAGGCCCCGGGAGAGCAACAGAAAUUGCAAGGAAAUCCAACAAAGAAAACCAAAUCAAAAAGACCCGAUCCCCUCAAAGGACAGAAGGUUAUUGCAAGAUGUGAUGAAAAUGGCUUUUAUUUUCCAGGGGUUGUGAAGAAGUGUGUGAGCCGCACCGAAGCACUGGUGGGCUUCAGGUAUGGAGACACCAAGGUCGUGUCCACCUCCUUCAUCAUGCCUGUGGGGGGCGCCAUGCCCUGCCCACUGCUCCAGGAAUUUUGCCCUCGGAGUGCACUUAUUAAGAUCAGCCAAAAUAAGUAUGCGGUCUCUUGCUCUCAUAUAAAGUCACCUCCAGUUCCUGAGGAUACAGAAGUAGAGGACGUGGAGACGAGGAACUCUGCUUUCCUUUUCUGGCCACUAAAAGAAGCGGACACGCAGGAUUCCGGAGAGCCAAGACCCGAGAAGCCCAGGGGGAAAAAGAGGCCCGCCAAGCAGCCUCCUCUCCAGCAGGCGGCGCCCUCGGACUCGGACGGCUCCUCCCACGGCACCAGCUCCCACGGGUCCCGCCCUGGGACACACCCCGAGCCCGAGGUUUGGGUGAUGGGGGGGAACACCCUGAAACCCCUUUCAAGAAUGGCGCACCUAACACCAUCCUCCAGCUUCUGGGCCUGUUUAGGCUCCAGUGCAGCAAAGACCCUACCUACAUCCUUAAGUAAUGGCGACCUCCGCUUCCCCAGACAGCCCAGCUCCGCCUCCCCGCGGCCGGGCGGCGAGGCCUCCACAGCCGCGCCAUCAUGGCCGCGCCUGCACCUGGAGCAGCCCUGCCCGGAACCCUCCGAGCCACCCACAGCAGCCAAGGGCUGAGGAGCGCCCCGGAGACACCUUGAGGCCGUCUGGUGGCAGCGGCGUUUAAGAGACCAGCGCUCUUCCAGGCUGCUCAGCCCUCAGCCCUGACGCUGGAGCCGGCCCCUCCGCUGAGGUAAGGCCGCCCUCCGCGCCGCGCGCGCCUGCCCCGUCUGUGGUAAACUCCUCUCCCCUCUGUCCCUGCUGCCUCCCCUGCCCGCUUGACCACGCUGGUUCUGACUUUUUCUGACCGUUCUUUAUCCUGUCUUGCGCCGGUACUCACAAAAUUGUAUUCCAUCUUCUGGUAGACGCCCCACCCCCAGACGUUUUAACCUGUAAGGUGGCUGUCACAGGACUUUCAAAUUGUUUACAAGUCAGCGUAGUCAGGAUCCAAGCCGGCAAUCUUGUUUUAAAUUAAUUAUCACGUCUAAAUUAGAGAUUUUGUCACCCAGUGUUGGGACUGAAAUUCAGACCCGGUAACUUGUCUGAGAUCUGCAAGACCGAACAUCCCCUGCUGUAUUGUUUCCUGACAUUUUCAUUGAGCCUUUCCUAAUUAUUUUUGUCUGUAGUCUGUUGUAGGUAACUCUAACUGAGCACGAAACCAGAAUAAAAACUCUUACACUGGAAACAUUUCAAAA